AAGGGUUGCUGCAAAACCCACCUUACUAAAGGUUUCAUUUGAAAUUGUAUUUUUCCAUUUUUUCUGCAUGCCUCAUCUAGGAUUAUAUAUGCCAGCCCAACAGAAGAAAGUUGUUUUCUGCAUAGCUGCUGUGUUCAGUUUUGCUUGUGCUCUGGCCAUCGCAGCAGCUAUAGGAACUCAGCUAUGGAUCCAAGGAAAAAUUCUUUGCAAAACUGGAGCAUUGCUGGUUAAUGCUACUGGCCAGGAAUUAGAUAAGUUUAUUGGUGAAAUUCAGUAUGGACUAUUCUAUGGGGAGAGGGUUAGACAAUGUGGCCUUGGAGGGAGACCUUUUCAGUUUUCAUUUUUUCCAGAAUUAUUCAAAAUUAUGCCUGCAAGUAUCCAUGUAAGUGUCAUCCUAUUUUGCUUGGCAUUAUUCGUCUUUGCACUGAUUGCAACCGGCUUCUUCAUGUACAAUGCAUUUGGCAAUCCUUAUGAAACCUUACAUGGUCCAUUAGGACUCUAUCUGUGGAGCUUCAUUUCAGUUUCUUGUGGCUUUCUUAUUUUGAUACUGUUUUCUUCAGAAGUGAAAAUCCACCACCUCUCUGAGAAAAUAGCUAAUUAUAAAGAAGGAAGUUUUAUUUUUAAAACUCACAGUGAGCAGUUUGCAAAAUCCUUCUGGAUCAUCCUGGUGUGCUCAUUAGUACACUUUAUGAACAUUCUGCUUAUACGCCUGGCUGGAUUUGCAUUUCCUUUUUCAAAAUCAAAAAAUUCUGAGGCACCAAAUGGAGCAAUGGAUCUAAUGUACUAAACGUACUUUAAAUCUUGAUUUAUGCAAAUAAUUCAUCUUGUCUUUAUUUCCAAAAGAUGCAAAGAAUACACAUGUUUAAAAGGUUGAUUUUUACAAGUGCAUUUUAAGGCAGAAACAUACACAAGCUACCAGCAAACAGAAUGUCAUAAGAGCUUUAUUCAGUAAUAUUAUUUUCAUUAUAUUAUCACUUUUCAUCACAGCCAUACAAAAAGAACGUAAAACAGAACACCUGCAGCAAUC